CUUCCGGUCCCCUUGCUGACAAGUGGGUGAUGGCCGCCUGACAUAUCACCUUCGUUAAGAUCUAUCGAGUUGUUUCGCGUGCAUGUUAAACAUUCCGACGGCGUGAACAUACCGGUGAUGAGAGCGCGGUUUCUCGCAGAUUGAUCCAUCUGUCUUGACGAGUGGCACAGCAGAAUACGGCGGUCAUUUAUGCGUGAAAGGGACACCGACAACAAUAUGAUUAAGACCGGCGAGAAUAACUUGAGGCACCUUCACUAUCAGCAGACUGUAGAGUUUACUGGACAGGAGGAUCAGCAUUCAGUAGAGUUAUGUAGCACAAAUGUGACCAUUGUUCCCUCACCUGGUGGUCACGACCAUGGUAGCUCAAAAGUGAAAUUGAAAAACAUCGUUGACUUUACAUGGGAGCAUAAUCUUUACACUGGUCAAUUGCUGGCUGUUCAUGUAUCUGGAAAAUAUCUAGCUUAUGGUAUAAAAGUUGGUUCCGGUAGUGGGGUAGUUCGAGUUGUGCACAAAGAAUUAGAACAUAGAGCUCUACUACGUGGAAUGCGUGGUGCUAUUCAAGAUCUUGCAUUUGCUCAUGUGUCAAACGUAGUUCUUGCGUGUAUUGACAACACAGGAUCGCUCUUUAUACAUACGAUUGAACCAUCACAAUCAGAAUUAUUAUGUAGUUUAGUAAUACAAGUUGAGGCGAAAGAUGCCUUGAUUAGUCACCGUGUAAUUUGGUGCCCAUACAUCCCGGAAGAUGAUGCCACUGACGGAGACGAAGUAUCAAAAUUGUUAGUUUUAACUCGUGGCUCUAAGGUUGAAUUGUGGUCGAUCGCAACAGUGGCGUCAAUGUUUAGAUCGAUAGAGGCGACAAAUAUGGCUGUUAAAGAGUCCGGAGGUAUGAUGGAAAUCGAACAACACUCAGGUACAAUCGUCGAAGCGACAUUUAGCCCAGACGGUACUGCACUGGCCACAGCUAGUACAGACGGAGAGGUGAAAUUCUUCCAAGUCUUCCUACACAAUAACUCUCACAAUGGACAACCGCAACCACGUUGUUUGCAUCAAUGGAGGCCUCAUGCAGGGCGAGCUAUCUCUUGUUUAUUCUUCCUCGAUGAUCAUAAAAACUAUCAUCCCGAUGUUCAGUUUUGGAGGUUUGCUGUGACGGGGUGUGACAAUAAUUCGGAAUUGAAAGUAUGGUCAUGUGAAAUGUGGAGUUGCUUACAAACAAUCAAAUUCGCACCAACUCCUUCCACGGGCAAGAUGCCGGUAUUAAAAGCAGGCUUAGAUCUUAGCGCUGGAUAUCUUUUGUUAUCGGAUAUAUAUAAUAAGGUUUUAUAUAUACUAAGUCUUUCAAAGGACAGAGGUGAAGCUUUAGCGUGCGUAAGCACGGUGUCGGAGUUUCUCCUGCCAUAUCCGAUCUUAAGCUUCGGUAUUGUCGAUGCCGACCAGCGUAAAAUACGGCCGAGCGGUGAAUCACUAGAGGAUCUUUGUCCGAUGAGUGACGAAGAGAUUGAGGAUCAGUUGAUCAUUCGCAUGUAUCUAGUCCAACCGAAAUCACUGCAAGAAUGCCACAUUGCGUUUAAACCUGCCGCACAAGUGAGUGGCAACUGUCUUCUCGACACUCUUAUACACGAUUCGCUAGAUUACUCCGAAGAUCUACCAGACAUGGGGACUGCCAAUCACAAUGGCAUUCCCGGCAAAAAUUGCGACGAAGAGCGCUCCUUAUCUGCUACGAUUGAAGCGGCGAUUAAUCACAACACCGGCGGCUUAAACCUGAUGACACCUGACGCGUUCAGUUCGCCUUCGAAGAAAGAGAAUAACGAAUUAGAGUCUAAUACCGCGAGUCCCGAAUUAGGAAAAGUCAUAUCCAGCAGUCCGUCUCUCGCGCAAGCAGUACAAGCAUUAAAUGCAUCUGACCCACCGCUCGCGACGAGCGAAAUGGAAGAGCAAGCUCCUGCUAGUUCUGGUAGUAGUCCGUCAAGAGAAGUUAGAGAAAUUUUAUCUUGCAGUAAACCUGAUGAGGAGACCGAAACUGACUGCAAGCCGGAAACAAAGACUAAUGCCGACGAGGAUUGGUCUAAUAUCCCAAUGGUUUUACUCAAAGACGUUAGUGUUCAUGCGAUGCAAGAAGCAGAAGAGUUUCCCGAGGACGAUGAAAACAAUGUGCAGAGAAAAAAAACGAAAGAUGAGCCGAAAACUACAUCUCUUUCAACCGACAAUACCGGAAUAUCGUGGUCAGCGCACAAUGAAAUCAAUAAUCUGGAAUUGAAAUUAGCACCUAUCUUGGAGAUAAUUCAAAAUCAAAAUCAAGAAUUAAAGGCAUUGCGCGCAGAGGUAAGCAGAUUGCAACAAGAGUCGCCAGUAUUUACACGAGUGGAAUCCACAUUGGCGAGGAUGGCUCAGCAACAGAAUGCUACCUUGGAACAGACUCUGUACAGCCAAAUGACUCAUCAACGUGAAUUCCUAAACACGUUUGAAACAACGAUCAAAGAUAAGAUUGAAACUAGCUUGUCACGCGUUGUUGAAGAGACCGUGGAGCCUUUAAAACAUCAGAUACAGUUAGACGUGAACCUAAUGGACGACCUCCUCAAAAAGAAUGUCACUGAAUUGAUAAACGGUCCACAUAUAAAAGAUAGCUUAGCUUUGGCAGCUGCUAAUGCGGCUAAACCAGCCUUGGAUGCUGCUUUUAAAGAAUCAUUCGCGACUGUCAUUUUGCCUGGCAUAGAAAAGACUUGCCAAGCCAUGUUCAAACAAAUCCAAGAUGCCUUUGUUAUGGGUACUCGCGAAUACCUACAGAGUAUCGAUGCUAUUAUCGACAAACAAUGUCAACGACGCAAUGAACAGUUGAGCGAAGCGUUGUCAACGUUAGUGCGCGAAGAAUUACAGACUGAAUUAAAUCGAAAUUUUAGAACAAUGCAAGAUGGUACCAUUCGAGCAAUUCGUGAUUCCAUACGAGAAAAUCUCAGUCAGCAACUUUCCGAUAUCUCCAGUGUACGAUCAAGAGCUACAACACCUGCUAUACCAGUAGCCGCAAUAGCUGAUGCCCAAGCACGUAUAAUGUCUCAUCUUCAGAAAGGCCAAUAUAAUGCUGCAUUUCAACAGGCUCUGAGCGCGAGUGAUUUAGGAUUGGUAGUAUUAGUAUGCGAGCGAACAGAACCUUCGACGGUAUUCUCGUGUGCAGGAGCUCAGGGCUCCAGAUGCAUCUUACAACAACCCGUGAUUCUAUCACUCGUUCAACAGUUAUCCGCUGAUUUAGGACAUCGUACGGAAUUAAAGCACAGAUGGCUGGAAGACGCGAUAUUGAAUUUAGAUGUGAACGAUCCCGUAACACGAGAGCACAUUGGCACUGUAUUAAUGACACUGCAAAAUCAAUUAGGCGCCUUCUUAGCGAGUAAUCCAAAUCAUCGAUCAGCACGCCGUAUGAAAAUGCUGGCUAUGGCUGCUCGUGCGCUACUAAGUCAGCAUCCUUGACCGCCAUGCUUAUGAGCUCAUUCAAAUAUACAAUAUAAGAUUUUAUACGUUCUGUUUAAAGACUACUUUUGUCUAAAAGCAAUAUUCGUAGGAGUCGUGUUUAUGAAGAUGGCAGUGAUUUAUAUAAAAUAUGAAACAACAGUACUGUAAAGAUUCA